CAAUGAUGAAUGCCAAGCGGCUGAGUCAGCGUGCGGUCGCAGCUCGAUGAGGCAGGUACCGUUUGGUCUUCUAUUCCACUGGUAUACACCCCUCAUUGGAUUUGUUGUCGAAUGGACAGGAGGAUGCAAACGAUGACAAACUGUGCUUGAAGACCGAGUAUGUUCUUCACGUUGUAUAUUCGAGCGCAUUGCGAUACCCGCAGCUAAGUUAUCGCGUCAAGUCGCGUCUCCAACUUCCCCUCCUCUUUUCCCCAACUCUCCCUCCGCACCUCCAUUGCAAACGCGCAAUCACACUUGACCAUGCCGAAUGCAAUCGAACAUACCCUCUCCACCCUGCUCCCAACCCUCACCCUCCUACCUUCCGAACUCCUCAACCUCUCCGCCUCCCUACUCGCCCAAUCGCGCGCCAAAGCCGCGAAUCUCAAACAAGAAGAGGAGAUUGGGCGCACCUACGCCUGCUGCCAUAUCGCAUGUCAACGCCUAGGGCACAAACUAGGUCUGGAGAUUGCGAAACCCGCGCCACCAUGCAAGCCGAAAGUGUACAACAAGCUGCACGGCUACUUCAAUGCGGUGCUCGCUACGCCUCGGACGCCGCGGAAAGGGGUGGAGAAGGUGGUUGAGACUACGAGUUCGAGUGUCCCGGAGGGUGGGAGGAGUGGAAGAAGCAAUCAGGCGAGGACGCCAUCGAAGGCCGCCACCGCAACCAGAACUGCGCCCGCCGCGACCCCUGCUACCGGGAAGAGGACACGAGGGCGAGAGCAGGAGGUGGAUGUACCUGCUUUCGUGAUGCCAAUGAUUCGCCAUGUCUGCAAAGCCUUCUCAACCCCCGAGCCCGCUCCCCAUGUCUUUGUAGGCGUGCGAUCGGUCCUCCAAGCGCGGACGAGCGUCGACGAGCAGCCGUCGGCCAAGAGGCGGAGGACAACGACACAAACGCCAAAGGCUCCGGUGCAGGAGGAUACCAUUCCGGACCUUGUGGCUGCGGUUUUCUCUGCAGUGUCCGACAGAAUGGGGUUGAGGGAUUCGAGCGAUGCAGAGGAGUGCGACAAGGACAUUGCAGAAAGCGUGAAAGAGUAUUGCAUGCACAACGGGAAGAACAUCCCUAUCGACUAUCCCGAAGACAGCGACACCUACGCCGCCAUGCAACGAAUCUCCGAAGACUCACUACCCGAAUGGGAACAAAUGGAAUGGUACACCAACAUUCCCCAACCGGACGAAGAAGACGAAGCCGGGAAUGAAGACAAAGAAGCAACCCCAAGACCGGCCACCAAGCCCACCAAAACACCUCUCCGUCGCAAAGAAAAGCACGCCAAACGUGAUCCCGCCGAUAUCGAGGAAGUCGGCGCUUCUGGCCUCUUGCCGGGUCUGGGGACCAUGUUUCAGCCUGCUCUGGAUUGGCUGAGCGAUGACAGGCGCGAAGAGUAUGCGAGUUGGAAAGAGGGCAUUUUGCGGCAGCUUGCUGUUGUGAGGCAGAGAGCUUGAAACAGCUUUUGGAUGCGCAGAGGUGUCUGCUGGGCGCUGCGCGACUCGGCAGUUGUUCUACAUGUAGCAAUCUGGUAGGGAUGCAUUUCGAACACUCCUGACGCUUUCCCAGCCUUUAGGAGAGGGAGAAAGGACUUGCUCCUGCAUCUCACAAGCCCGACUGCACGGGGAAGGAAUCGAGGUCUCAUUCUACUUGCCUCUCCUUCAGUUCAAUCAUCAUUGUCUUCCUCAAAACUCCACCCAUCCUGGCC